AUGACCACCUUCCGGACCACGACGCCUUUGUCGCGUCUGUUACCUCCGCUUGUUCUGGGCGGUGCUGGGUUCUCCUACCAGAUAAUUUCGAACCCGAGCUCGACCCAGGCACUCCAAGUCCUCAAGCGCGCUUUUGAACUCGGACUGCGUGCUAUCGACACUUCUUCUUAUUAUCACCCCUCGGAAGUGCUUCUCGGCGAAGCACUUUCUCAUCCGGACAUCGCCAGCAAUUACACUCGCGACCAGUACAUCUUGAUGACCAAGGUAGGGCGCAUCACCGCUACCCAAUUCGACUAUUCGCCAGCCUGGGUUCGACAAUCAGUCACGCGCUCACUUGAACGGCUGCGCACAUGCUACCUGGACGUGGUAUUCUGCCACGACGUGGAAUUCGUCCCUGAGGACGAAGUGCUCGAAGCCGUGGGCGCUCUGUUCGAGAUGGUUGGCCAAGGGCAUAUCAAAUACGUUGGAAUAUCGGGAUAUCGUAUCGACGUUCUCGCCCACAUCGCUCGACGCGUCCAAGAAAUAUACUCCCGGCCGCUUGAUAUAGUCCAGAAUUGGGCUCAAUUAACUUUGCAGAACGAUCGCCUGGCCCGCGAGGGCUUAGAGGCUUUCAGAGAGGCUGGCGUUUCUUGUGUCUGCAGUUCUAGUCCACUUGCAAUAGGACUGUUGCGGUCCAAUGGCGUGCCGGUUGGUGACCUGGGUGACUUCCACCCGGCACCUCAGGGGUUGCGACGCGCUGCAAAAGAAGCAGCGGACUAUGUUGCUGCGCGGGGUGAGUCCCUUGCGACACUCGCGUUGAGAUAUUCUAUCAUCCGGGCACAAUCUAUAUCCGAUGCCGAUUUCCGGGUGACCACCAUCAUGGGGAUCACGUCAAUCGCUGAGCUUGAAGACAACCUCGGUACGGCCCGGCAGGUUCUCCCGAUGUCGGAUGAGCCGCGAUGGCUUUGGACUGCAGAUGCUGGACCAUCGGUCGAGUUAAGUCAGCGCAAGUUUGAGGAGGAUGAGAUGUUGUUUAAAUCCGUGCAAAAAAUACUGGGGCCGUGGAAAGACUAUAGCUUUCCAAGUCCAGGCAAUGGGUGGGACGUGGCGAGAAAGCGGCCUGCAGAGACCAGAUUAUAA